AUGAAAGGUGCCUCCGUUGACCAACGCCACCUGCCCAAGGAUUCCGACUCCGUCAAGACCUCUCUGAGAUCGCCGCCAUCGUCACCUUCGUUUCCUCCUUCAUCUAUCUCCUUGGCUUCUUCGGUAUACCUGUAUAUGAGGUUCACUCGGAGCACAUGGGAUGCCAUGGGGACGAACAUGGUCGCUAAAGGUGUCCAGAAUGUCAUAGACUUCCUCAACAAUGAGUUCCCUGACAUGGACGUUAUCGGAAUCUCAGGCAACUACUGCUCGGACAAGAAACCUGCUGCGGUGAACUGGAUUGAAGGGAUGGGAAAAUCGGUUGUGUGCGAGGCCAUCAUCAAGCAGGAGAUUGUGAAGAAGGUGCUCAAGAUUGAUGUUGCUUCAUUGGUAGAGCCGAACAUGCUCAAAAUCUGA